AUGAACUGCAUCCAAACAUCAUUUCCCGCCAGCUCCAUACGUUCUCCCCUAUCGCUUGGUCCGCUCACGCUAGAUCUCCGGCCUGAGGCCUUGCCCACUCAACUUGAGCAUUACCGCCAUGUUUUUGACGAUGCUGACCCCGGUCUAGUUGGCAUGAUGUCACAUUCUUCAGUCAACACGUCUCCUUCCGUGAUGAGCCCGUCGCUACUUUGCAGGAAAGCCAAAGCCGUCGAAUCGGUUGCAUCUCGCCUGGCUCGACUUGGUCUUUGCGGAAGAUAUACACCACGACGACAGGAUAUUCAGGAUAGAAGUAAGCUCAAAACCAAUUCAUUUGUGGCUAUUUUCAUUCACCUGUAUUUUGUUCAAAUCUUCACAAAAGUCAACUUAACUGAGAGCUUCAUUCAUCCUAAAUCGCCAUAG